GGAUUGUAUGCUGAGGUGUUGGGGCCAUCUCUACAAACCUACAUUACCGUAACUAAUUCGGACACGGAGUUGAUUGGAAUAGCCUUCUCGCUUCGUGAGUUGGGAAUGUUCUUUGGUUCACUGGUUGGUGCAUUUGUGGCUGAUAGGUUUGUGCAGUGGCGGCAUCUAGCAAUGUCCUGCACCCUCAUUCUUGGGGCUGUGACAAUUGGAUCCGUGCCCUGGUGUACAACUGUUACAGCUCUGUCCGCCACAUUUUUCUUAUCAGGAUGCGCCCAUGGUGCGAUGACUGCCAAUGGUAACACACUGUUGAACUCCAUUUGGCUAAAACAAUCGGGCGGUCCAUUCAACUUUAUGCACUCUGGCUACGGCGUGGGCGCCGCGCUCGCACCCGGCUUCUUGGCUCCCUUCACCUUUGAGCUGGUGAAGACUGGCAUAAAUGGGACCGUUUCAACUAAGAAAAUAGUCCGCUUGGGCAUCCCCUACGCCAUUAUUGCGGGCUUAUGUUGCAUUUGCGCUGGCCUGUUUUGGUUUUUCAACCUCUGCAAAUCCCGGGCCAGAGUCGCUCACCCCAUGGAACUAAGUAAAAAGGAAAAUGGCGAGGAAGAAUCUGACGCAAGAUCAGAUGAUGACAACGAUGUUGUAACUCCAUCCAGAUGCCAGAAGCUCGCGGCCCACAAGAAUAUCCUCGUGUAUAUCGUUUUACCAACCUUCUUCCUCUACGCAGCCCUUGUCGGUAACGAGCGAGUCUUCUCCAAGUACCUUUUUGUCUUCGCAAAUGAGGGUCCGGCGCAUAUUUCCAAAGAGGACUGUUUCCUCCUCACUAGCGUCUACUGGAUUGUCUUUGCUCUCGCCCGAAUCGUCACAGUGCCGGUCAGUCUGUUCAUCCCACUGCCUUGUGUCUUCGCGAUUCAGUUGAUCGGCGCUUGGGCAAUGGCACUCGGACUCUACCUGGCGCCCCCCACCUGGACCAUGUAUUUGUCCUUCACAGUGUGCUUUGGCCUCUUCAAGAGCCCUCUCUUCCCCACAGGCCUGGGAGUUAUAAGCACCGCCACUACCGUAACUGGCCUCAUCGCUUUUUUCGUCAAUCUAGGCAGUUCUGUGGGCGCCAGCAUGCUGCAGGCUGUAGCCGGCAUGGUACUCAACCGAAUGGGCAGACAAACCUUCCCGCUCUUUGUGAUGGUGUCUGGCCUCGUGCUGGUCUUCAUCGGUGCAGCCCUAAUCGCCACCACUCAUUUCUAUCGAAUUCGACACGGGUCAAAGUCACUUUCAGCCAACUGA